CCUUUUGAAAGAGACACUUCCAGCUGCACAACAACGACUGCGCAGUAACCUGUGGAUUUUAAACAUCAGAAUGUACAAACCGUGGGCAACUGUGAAUAUUUUCAUAAUUUCUUUUCUACAUCUGCUGCAAGGAUCUGACUAUGAGAAUGGUUCUGUGAAGAGGACAUCUCUGUCAGCACUGGAGCGCUCAGAACAGCAGAUCAGGAGAGCAUCCAGCCUGGAAGAGCUGCUUCACAUCACUCACUCUGAGGACUGGAAGCUGUGGAAAUGCAGGCUAAAGCUGAAGAGCCUGGCCAACCUGGACUCCCGCUCUGCUUCUCAUCGCUCCACCAGAUUUGCUGCUGCUUUCUAUGAUAUUGACACACUGAAAGUCAUAGAUGAAGAAUGGCAAAAGACUCAGUGUGUGCCAAGGGAAACCUGUGUAGAAGUUGCCAAAGAACUGGGUACAACAACCAACAAAUUUUUCAAGCCUCCCUGUGUGAAUGUGUUCAGAUGUGGAGGCUGCUGCAACGAGGAGAGUCUCAGCUGCAUGAAUACAAGUACAACUUACGUGUCGAAAACGCUCUUUGAGAUCUCGGUUCCCUUGACAAGUGUUCCUGAGCCUGUGCCCAUCAAAAUUGCCAAUCACACGGCCUGUAAGUGUACAUCAAACACCCAGCGCCAGCAGUACACCAUCAUACGAAGAUCUGUCCAGUACCCAGAGGAAGAUGGAUGCCCCUUUGCCAACAAAUUUUGCCAUAAUGGAUGGAUCUGGGAUAGUGACAAAUGUGAAUGUGUUAUAGACACACAGCACUCCAGCAGACGAGAAGGACUCCCUCCUCUUGCUGAGCUGGCUAUGUGUGGACAACAUAUGGAAUUUGAUGAAGAAAAUUGUGAAUGCAUCUGUAGACAUAAGUGUCCCACAGAUUUCUUUCAAAGUAAAGAGAACUGCAGCUGCUAUUUGUGUAGGGAGAGCCAGGAGAGCUGUGCUCUAAAACACAAGAUAUUUCAUGCUGAAACCUGCAGUUGUGAAGACAGAUGUCCAUCCCAACCCAGAACAUGCCCAACUGCCAAACCAGUGUGUUCCAGGCAUUGUCGCUGUCCAAAGGAGAAGAGAGGUUCUCAUGGGUCCCAAAGCAGAGAAACUCCUUGACUGAGCUUCCCCUAUUCUUUGAAAAUCCACUGCUUUGCAAAGUAGCUGUCACUGACUUUCAAACAAUAGUAAACAUGAACAUCUUCCACAUUAAUAGCAGAAGAAUUAAUCCAGUCUGCAUUUAUUUAUUAAUCACUAACUGCAAGUGAAUCCUCUGGAACAUUGGUUAUUGUUCUCUAAGAGGUAACAACAGCUGAUGAAUCUCUGUCUGCAUGGAAGAAAGAUUGGAAAGUAGCAGUUCAAUGUUACAUUAUGGAAGAUGAAACUGUGUAUUGGAAAUAGAGUCACAGUCUCCAGCCAGUCGUUCAGAAAUUGAGACUUGAUAAUCUUAGCCUCUGAGUCCUUAGCUAAUGCAGCUCCUGGGUAAAACUUUCUUCAGAAAUUCAGUGUACAGGAUUUGGCUUCUAAUAGGUUCAGCACUGAGUUAUUUGAUCUACUGUUCAGCUUUGAUUAUCAUUUUGUGUUUAUUGUACAACUACUGUCAGAUGUGCCAUAUUUAAGUGUAUAUAAGAAAAUAAAUACAUCAGUUAUUCGAGUG